AUGUCAAUUAAUUUUCAAUCAAAUAAAUCUACAACUAAAGACAAUCAUUUAUAUACCAAAUUCACUUAUGAAAAUUCAAUAGUUGAAAAAGAUGCACAAGGUAAAUUUAAUGUUACACCAACAGCAGUUGAUUAUGAAUUUAAAUUAGAUUUAAAAAUUCCAAAAGUUGGAUUAUUAUUAGUUGGUUUAGGUGGUAAUAAUGGUACUACUUUAAUGGCGUCUAUAUUAGCUAAUAAACAUCAAAUAUCAUUUGAAAAUAAAGAAGGAGUUGUUAAACCAAAUUAUUAUGGUUCAGUCACACAAUCAUCAACUAUUAAAAUUGGGGUUGAUAAAGAAGGUAAUGAUGUUUAUGCUCCAUUUAAUUCAAUAGUUCCAUUUGUUAAUCCAAAUGAUUUAGUUGUUGAUGGUUGGGAUAUUUCAGGUUUAACUUUGGAUAAAGCAAUGAAAAGAGCAAAAGUUUUAGAUGUUACAUUACAAAAACAAUUGGAACAACAUUUAAAAGAUCAUAAACCAAUGGAGUCAAUUUAUUAUCCAGAUUUUAUUGCAUUAAAUCAAGGAGAUAGAGCAGAUAAUAUUUUUAAUAAAAGUGCCAACGGUGAAAUUAAAACUGAUAAUAAAUGGUCAGAUGUUGAAAGAAUUAGAAAAGAUAUUAGAGAUUUUAAAUCAAAAAAUAAUUUAGAUAAAGUUAUUGUUUUAUGGACAGCAAAUACUGAAAGAUAUGCUGAAGUUUUACCAAAAGUUAAUGAUACAGCAGAUAAUUUAAUUGAAGCUAUUAAAUCAAAUCAUGAAGAAAUUGCACCAUCAACUGUUUUUGCAGUUGCUUCAAUUUUAGAAAAAAUCCCAUAUAUUAAUGGAUCUCCACAAAAUACAUUUACACCAGGUGUUAUUGAAUUGGCAGAAAAAUAUGAUUCAUUUAUUGGUGGAGAUGAUUUUAAAUCUGGUCAAACAAAGAUUAAAUCGGUAUUGGCACAAUUUUUAGUUGAUGCAGGUAUAAAACCAAUUUCAAUUGCAAGUUAUAAUCAUUUAGGUAAUAAUGAUGGUUAUAAUUUAUCAUCACCAAGACAAUUUAGAUCAAAAGAAAUUAGUAAGGCAUCAGUUGUUGAUGAUAUGAUUGAAUCAAAUUCAAUUUUAUAUAAUAAAGAAAGUGGAGAUAAAGUUGAUCAUUGUAUUGUUAUUAAAUAUGUUCCAGCAGUUGGCGAUUCAAAAGUUGCCAUGGAUGAAUAUUAUUCAGAAUUAAUGUUGGGUGGUCAUAAUAAAAUUUCAAUUCAUAAUGUUUGUGAAGAUUCUUUAUUAGCAACUCCAUUAAUUAUUGAUUUAGUUAUAGUAACAGAAUUUUUACAAAGAGUUCAAUAUAAAAAAGAUAAUGAAUCAGAUUAUAAAGAUUUUUAUGCUGUUUUAACAUUAUUAAGUUAUUGGUUAAAAGCUCCAUUAUCAAGACCAGGUUUUAAACCAAUUAAUGGAUUAAAUAAACAAAGACAAGCUUUGGAAAAUUUAUUAAGAUUAUUGGUUGGUUUACCAAUUAAUAAUGAAUUAAGAUUUGAAGAAAGAUUAGUAUAG